UCCAAGUAUCUCUCACGAAUCUCGACAUAUAAUCCUCUGUUAGUACAGCGUCGCUCUGCAUCUCCUUAAAUAUUAUUGGAUCUAGGGUUCUGGGUUCCCUUUUCCGCCGUAGUCAAUCGGUCAUCAAAUCAAGUGGUCGUAGUUUCUCCAUCGUUGGAUUCAAUCCGAUCUCUUUUAACGCCAAUGCCUCCUCGCGCAUCUAAGCGAAAAUCUGCCCCGCCCAAUUCCUCAUCCGUCACAUCAUCCGACGGUCGUUCUGUCUCAAAUAAAGCUCAAACGAAGGGGAUGGGAAAAACAGAUCGCUUGUUCAAUACGCAUGUAAAUAGUUCAUUAGGCAUGAUUGAUCCAGAAGGUAUUGAAGCACUAUGUGCAGAUCUAGGCGUGGAUUACACUGAUGUGAGGAUAUUGAUGCUAGCUUGGAAAUUAAAAGCUGGAAAGCAGGGCUAUUUUACACAGGAUGAGUGGCAAACUGGCCUGAAAGCAUUGGGGGUUGAUUCACAACUGAAAAAAGAACUUCCUAAACUGGAGAAAGAGGUGGAAAAGCCAUCGAAUUACGAGGAUUUCUAUACCUAUGCUUUCCGAUAUUGCCUGACAGAGGAAAAGCAAAAGAGUGUGGACAUUGAAAGCAUCUGUGAAUUGUUGAAUCUUGUUCUAGGGGUCCAAUUUCGUCGUCAGGUUGCUUCACUAGUUGAAUAUCUGAAGGUCCAGAAUGAUUACAAAGUUAUAAAUGCAGACCAGUGGAUAAAUUUUCUUCGUUUUUGCAAAGAGAUUAGUUUUCCAGAUCUGCAAAACUAUGAUGCAAACCAAGCCUGGCCCUUGAUCUUGGAUAAUUUUGUCGAAUGGGUGAGAGAAAAGCAAAGCUAGUGUUGGCAUUUUUCGUAUGUAUUUGCGAGUUUUCUGAUUUCAUAAGGACAAGACCUUGUGGAAAACUUAACCGCAUCAACCUUGGAGCUGCCUCAUUUCAUAACUGAUUUAACUGAACAUUUUUCUCUGAUUAAGGCUGCAAUUUUGUUGUCCUGAGAUGGUUUAUACAUACUACAUCCAUUAAUAUUUAUUUAUUUAUUUA